CGGAAUGUAAAUAAAAACCACUGGCGAUGAUGAAGCGCUUCUGCAUGAUAAUCAUUUACAAGACACAAUGGCCGUGGUGAGUUUUGUAGGAGCCCUCAAAGACAAGUACUGUCCCGAGGAGGUACCUCCGGACACGCUCAAAAGUAGGAUCAAAGAAUCAGCUAUCUACAUGGCCCCUGGAGUUGGUUGCCCGCUGGAGAGAAGGCGUAGUGUGGUGUUGGAUGCAUGUAAUGUAUCGAGUGUGGGGGAGGGACUAGAGGGACUGUGUCCCCUUGUGGAGGAGCUACACCUUUCUUCCAACCAACUCUCUGACUGGAGCAAUAUUACUGCCAUACUUCACUCUCUGCCACGACUGGUGUUCCUGGACUUGGCUCGUAAUCCCUUGUCGGCCAAUCAGAUUGCAGAACCAAUGACCCUGUGCACCCACCUCCAAACGCUUGUGCUUAACCACACCCACACAACAUGGUCAGCUCUGGACACUAUUCUCACUGUGGCUACAAAUUUAAAGGAGCUCCACAUUGCCCACAAUGGCUACUCGACUGUCUCCCUCAGCCCCACAGUUUGUCAUCACUCUCUCAGACGACUACAGAUCCAGUGCAACUCCAUCAGUCAAUGGUCAGAACUACACAAACUGAGUCCAGCCUUCCCCCUCCUGCACACCCUCAUAGCUUGUGACAAUCCCCUCUCAUCAGUGACCCACAGUGAUGUGUCCGUCUUCCCUGAGCUGACAGUACUCGGUCUCAACAACACGCUGCUCUCUGACUGGACAUCAUUGGAACAUCUUGCUCAACUAAGUAAACUAUCUGAACUGAACGUACUCCGUGUACCCGUAGCAGAGGCAGUAAACGAUGACAAGAAGAGACGCUUUCCAAUCAUAGCUCGAAUUCCUUGCCUUUCAAAGCUCAACAAAAGUGUCAUCAGUGACACAGAGAGGGAAGAGGCAGAACGCUGGCUACUAAGAGAGUACGAGGACCAGCCCCACCCCCCUGCACUGUACGCCCACUACCUGGCUAAACACGGUAUGGUAGCCAGACUAGCUGACGUGGACCUGAGCCCCAGGAAAUUUGUACAAUUAGAAUUCCAUUUCAAAAAAGAUCGAAAGAAGAUAACAAAGAGUGUGAAGAUGAAUCAGACGGUAUCUGAGCUGCGACAAUGGGUGGCCGAGGUGUUGCUAGGAGACGCGUCAGCUAAAGUGAGGCUGUUGUAUGUUGAUUGUAUGGGUUGGGAGGGCAGGCAAGUGCUGUCUCUGAGUGGACGAAAGCUUCACUCCUACAGGGAAAUGAGGGACGGGGAUCAAGUACAUGUCCAACUAUUGCCUUAGUUUGUGUUUAUACUGUUUGUAGCAUGUAUCGUAUAUGCAUCACACUUGUCUUUAUAGUUCGUACUUUCCUUUUCUAUGACGUUUAGCAGGAGUACUCCUUUAUAGCAAUUAAUUAUAAAUUUUUUAUGAAUACUA